UUCUCUCUGUAAGAAUUUAAACACUUUUGAAUCAUGACCGAAGAUCGCCGGAUGCCAACGCCGGAGGUUACUGCCGAAGAAGAAAUCGGCUAUGAUGUAGUGUUGGUUUCGGAGUCAUCGCCGACGGACAUGGAUUUUGAGCGGAGUAAACUUCGUCAGCGUUGGGAGUUGGCCUCUGUUCUCAAUUUCCUCAAUGAUGAAUUCUCAUCCAGCAAAGUAACAUGGGAAGUUGCUGUUGCAAAGACUGUUGAAACAGAUGCCAUUUCUGUUCUUGAGAAACUUCAGAAGUUUGACGCCUAUGUAUUCACUCUUCAUUCUAUUUGGCAUUAUCUAGUUCGCAUGGGAAUACCGCCUGUAAGCAAAUCCUUAAAUGAUCCUGAUGCUUGGGUGACAGCACUUUGUAUGAAACUAUCUAUGUGGUGGCGAUGGGUUGCCGAUGGGGAAAAUCCAAUCACUGUUGUUAAAGGAGAGGAGAUAACCAGUUACAAAGAACUUGAUGCAACAACGCGUCUAUUAAUGCUUAAAGCACUUUGUGAGAUCCGAGCUGAUCAAUAUGAUAUAGUGGCUUAUAUUAAUGAUGCAUUAAAAGAUGGAACUGAGGUUUAUACUUUCAGAAAGGACAAGAUAGGGGGGGAUGGAAAUGGAACUACAUACUGGUGCGAUGGAAAUGCAACUAUGGGUUAUAGAUUAUACAAGGAAGUGAAUAAAUUCGUUAUCAAGCAAAAAGUUAAGGGGAAAGAAACUGUACCUGCAAUUAAUUCCCAGUGGGAUACACUUGCAACCAAUCUUGAUGAGUUUCGUAAAGUUGUGGAUGAAUUCUCAUCCAGCAAAGUAACAUGGGAAGUUGCUGUUGCAAAGACUGUUGAAACGGAUGCCAUUUCUGUUCUUGAGAAACUUCAGAAGAAGAAAGAAAGAGUACUGAAACGAAAGCAAAAACAAGAAAAACUUUUGAAUGGUUUUCAAAAUACUGGGAUCACUCGUUCUGUCCGCAAUCGUAGGCCUGUCACUUACACUUUUGAUGAGUAUGACAAGGCCAUUACUGAGGCUAUACAAGUGAUAAAGGAAAGGAAGACUACUGAAGAGCAAAGGCAUGAAGAAAAACAUAGUAAGCAAGGAAGAAUAAAUGAAAUUGCCUUGAACAGGCGCACGGAUCCAGACACUAAAUCAAGCAACAGUGAAUCCACUGAGAGCAGCAGGCUUCAAGGGGGUGAUAGUGAUGAUGAUGGUAAUUGCAAUGUGUAUGAUGGUAAAAAAGCCAGUGAUGGUAAGGAUGAUGGCAGUGGCUCGAGCAAUUUCAACAAGAAAAAUGAUAGUUUUGGCAUUUGGAAUGAAGCAAAAGUUCAUUAUCAGAAGCAGAAUGAUUCCUUUGCCAAUGUGCGUGCAUCACGUUGGAAAGCUGGGAUUGCUGGACAUAAUGUUGCCAAAAGUGGACGUUUAGGUGCAAAGAAUAGGUCGAGGCAAAGACCUACUCGGAAUACUGCUAUUGAGACAGCUGUUGUCCCUGAUUCGGAAGACGAAAACUUGUCAAAAAGUACCAGCAACAGGAUAAAAAAUAUUGAAAACACAUCUGCUGUUGCUGAUGAUGACAUGGACUGCUGA